AUGGCAAGUUCACCAGUCGACACCCAGGUCCUCAUCGUCGGUGGAGGUAUCGGCGGCCUCACCCUCGCCGCUAUUCUCCAGCGCCUCGACAUUCCCUGCAUCGUCCUGGAACGGUCCAGCACACACACUCCGGUAGGUGCCGGCAUCUCGCUGGCCCCCAACGGUCUGCGCAUGCUCGACCAGCUGGGCAUCUACGAGAAGGUCCUGGCCGCGGGCCAGAAGCUUCGCAAAGUUCAGAUCUGGCGCAACGACUCCCAAUGGAACACCCUGGACUGGUCCCCCUGCGAAGCCAAGUUCGGCUACCCGGUCAUGUCCAUGGAGCGGCACCACUUCCAGCGCCUCCUGCACGAGGCCGCCGGCGGCGAGGAAUUCGUCCAGUACGGCGCCAAGGUCGUCGACGUGAUCGACAACCCCAGCGAGCCGGGCGUCAAGGUCAUCCUCGACUCUGGCAAGGAGUACCGCGCCAACAUGGUCGUCGGUGCUGAUGGCAUCCGCUCCGUCGUGCGCCGCUGUCUUGCCAGGGACGAGGGCAUGAAGGAGGCCAACACGAUCAAGUUCACCGGCCGCGUGCACAUGAGCGGCAUCACGGAGCCCCUCGCUAACCUCAACAGCGAGCACCUGGGCGUGGCCAACUGGAUGCUCUACGAUCACGCCACACUUACCACUUGGCCUUGUCAUAACAACAGCCAGUGGUUUAUUGGUGUUGCUAAAUCCGAAGAUGCGGUUGCUACCGAUCGCUCGGUAUGGGCCAAAUGCACAGAAGAUACCAUCAACAAAGUCUAUGGGGAAGGAUUCCAUCCCUUCGCCGAGAGCGGGAAAAUGAGCGAGUUGGUCAACAAGAAUCAACGCAUCCUUGCGUCCAAUGUCUUCCAGGAAACCGAGUUUCCUUCCAUGUCACGUGGCAGAGUUUGCCUGAUGGGUGAUGCUGCGCACUCCAUGUCCUCAGCCUUCGGCCAGGGAGGAAACAUGGCGAUCGAAGAUGCCGCGGUGCUCGCCAAUCUGAUCCAGGCGAACCGCGAUUCGCUAGACAAUGCCGCUCCCUUCCUGACCGAGUACAGCGAUAUGCGCUGCAAGCGAGCUCAGGACGUGGUCAAGUUCAGCUUCCGCUUCAUUCUCCUGCACGGCGCCAUCUUGCCCUACGGCAUUGGCAAGCUGCUCCGCUGGCUCGUGUAUGCGUUCCUGCCCGCUUCGACCUGGCUCUGGUACCUCCAGUGGUUGUAUGGCUAUCAGCCCACCGUCGAUGCUCUGGGCACUCCCACCAAGGCCUCGAAGUGA